GAAGAUGGCGCACUGUUGUGUUUUGGUGCCGGUGGUAUACUGCGAUCUGAGAGAUGUAGCUUAAAACCAAAACGAGUUUGGCACCUUUUAUGGAGGUAUGUGAACUUAAUUUAAACAUCCACGUCCUUUGAAACAAAAAGCAAACAAGCCUAGGAGGCAGGAGCUCCGCCCACAAUGGCAGCGCUUGUGGUGUGCGCGUGCCGCAGUGUGGCUCUCUGGUCGUGGCUUUUGUCGUUUUUCUUCGUGCACUUGUUGUGUUUGGACUUCACGGCGGCCGACAAAGUGGAGUGGUACACGGCGUUUGUCAGCAUUACUUAUUUGGACCCCGUCACUUCUGAAGUCAGAAGUAACAAAACUGAGUGUGGCCGGUACGGCGAGCAUUCGCCGAAAAAGGAAGCCAGAGGUUUGGUUGUGGUUCCGUCGAUCUCGCAGGACCGGCAGGUGUGCGAACCGGACGUCAGGUUCCCCUCCGUACCGCACGGUACCGCCUGGGUGGCCCUCGUCGCUGCAGGGAACUGCACCUACCGAGAAAAGAUCCGGAACGCUGCAGGUCGCAACGCUUCUGCGGUAGUUAUCUACAACGUGGGCUCCAGCAGCACCAACGACACCAUCACCAUGCCCCAUGCAGGUACAGGUGAUGUUGUGGCGGUUAUGAUCCCAGAGCACAAAGGCCGUGAGAUUGUGGCGUUGCUGGAGCAGAACAUUGCAGUUAUGAUGCACAUCACUAUAGGGACCCGAAACCUGCAGAAGUACGUAAGCAGAACAUCGGUGGUUGUUUCCAUCUCCUUCAUCGUCCUCAUGAUCAUCCUCGCCUGGCUUGUCUUCUACUAUAUCCAGAGAUUCCGCUACGCUAACGCACAAGAUCGUAACCAGAGACGACUCGGAGAUACUGCUAAAAAAGCCAUCAAUAAGCUUCAAAUACGCACAAUUAAGAAAGGUGAUAAGGAAACUGGUUCAGAAUUUGACAACUGUGCAGUGUGCAUUGAAGGUUAUAAGCCUAAUGACAUUGUAAGGAUAUUACCAUGCAAGCACAUAUUCCACAAGCACUGUGUAGACCCGUGGCUACAAGACCACCGGACAUGUCCCAUGUGUAAAAUGAACAUCCUCAAAGCCCUGGGAAUCCCACUCUGUGUAGACUACUCAGGUGACAUUCCUCCAGACUAUGAGUCAUCUGUUGGGGGUGCCCUGACAAACCCGAUCAGCAGGGCCAGUGAUAUCACAGUAAACGAGAGCUCAGUGGUGCUGGACGCAGGAGGUCGAGCAAUAGGUCUACAGCAGCUCCAUCCUGAUGCAUUAUAUCAGGCAGGGGAGACUCACGACGUCUUCACCAGUGAACACCAGCUGCCGCUUAGCAGUGAUUCAGACACUUCUGUCAUUAUGGGUGUAGAGGUAGACAUGUCCGAGAUAGACAUAUCCAUGGAGCAGGAAUGCAACGAGGUCAAAUCCUGAGUCCGACGAAGCCGAGACUAAAAUGUGAAGAGGAGGAUUGAAGCAGGGCCUUGUGACCAUGGACCGACACAUAUUUCUUCAUGUGUUUGACCCCUGGAGUUGUGGUUUCAUGAACUCCAGGCACAUUAGCAAACAGGACAGUAGCAGCAUCCUGCUGUAUCAGCAUUUAACAGUGAACUGACAAGACAAGACUUAAAACCAGGGGAAACAGGGCUUUCUCUGUGGCUGGUCCCAGACUUUGGAACGCUCUGCCCCUUCAUGUCCAAACAGUGUUUUAAAGUCUCGUCUGAAGACCCACUUUUAUUCUCUGGUUUUUAACACUGCAUGAGUUGUGUGGUCCUCUGUUUUAUUGGUUUUGUUUUAUUUUGGUA